AAAAUUUGCUCGAAUAGUUCCGACGUAUCACUUGUCAAAAAAAAGUUAGCAAACUUAUUUUUCUUUGAGGGCCGAAGUUUAAAAAUAUGAUUAAUAUGAAAUGUUUUCACACAUCGUAGGGUUAUAUCACAAAAGUUUGGCUUACUUUUAUUAAGUAGGGUAUUUUAGCGGUAAGUAAAGCACAAUUACACCAUCUACGUUGAAUGGUUACACGCACGUGCUUUGCGCCGGCAAGUUGCUGAGAAAUCUCCCGAAACUUUUCUUCCAGGAUUUAGGCUGAUGAUGGAGGAUAAAUCGAACUAUUCUACGAGCCAGUUGAAACUUUGCUCGUACAGGUAUUUGCAGAAACUUGCUAAAUCCAUGAAACUGCCGUCCAACGUGAAAAAAGUGUAUUUAGUGGAAAUGAUAAAUGCCAAGAAGUGUUCCCCAGAAUCAGAGGUGCAGCGGAUCAUUCGCAGAGUGAAGCUGGAGCGGAAACACCUCACACAAGUCAAGAAGAGGAGCAAGCAGGCUGUGGAAUCAUCAAGCAGCGGGUCAGUGUCUCCCGCAAUAAGUGACACACCGAAACGCCCACCGUGCAUGCUGCGGUGUUCAGAGCUGAGGCAUCAGAUGAUGCGGUCGCAGAACAGCAUAAAUAGCACCUCACACCCCGCGAGCGACCGCGUCCUCCGCAGCUGCAACGUCAAACUCAAGCCCUUCAUGAACAAGUUCGUCGAAGUCAACCAACGCCACGGCGACAUGGUGGACCAAGCCACCCAGAUGAACGUGCGGGUCAUUAAGAAGUACAAACCCAACAUACUGUCCAAUAAGGAGAGACAGAUUGUGCCGGUUACACAAAUGGGCUCAUCACAAAUCCUCGUAAAGCGUCAGAGGCUGCUGAGCGGCAUCUUCCCCAUCGGCAAGGAGCUGGUGCCCGUGCGGGGAGUGGGGGUCCGCAACAGCGAGGGCAAGAUGGCCGCGCUCACCGCCUUCAUACACAAGCCGCAGGGCGCCGACACCAACUAUACCCGCACGCGAAGUAACAACAGCUUGAAACGCAACAUCGAGCUGACGCUGCAGGAUAUCAUCAACGGGAACGUAGAACAAGCUACCAGCCUCAACUACCCUAACACCAGUGGAGUGCAAGAUGUGGCAAACAUCACAGAAGUGACCCCGGAGACUACAAGCUCUGUAUACUACCACAAGAAGAUACGCGCAGAGCAAGUCAGAGAGCGGCGGAGCACUUUAAAUACUAGAUGUGAGCUGCCUCGCAUCAACGAGGCAUUCGGCCAGUUCCGAAGCAACCACAUCCGGCAUGACGUCACGCAGCCGCUGUAUGUGCAGGUCAGCGAGGAGUCCGAGCGGAUACUGAACUACCCCCAAUACGCCAAACGCAACACAAGUCUUCUGGAAACGGUGUACAACUUCAAGAGCCACUUUUUAACCAACCAGCCACUUCUGCAGCUGGCGACCACCACCAACACCACAUGUGUGUACUCCACACCCACAGUGGCCACCGCGGCACCUCAGAGGCCUGCGACGACAUACACGGAACCACAAAUGGCAUCUAACAUGAAUGUGGCGUACGAACGGGACCAAUACCACGGCAACAUCGAUAACUCGCAAAUGAACGACUGCCUGAGAUUCGCCGAGCAAGAUUACGACUUUCGGUGCUACGAAGACCCGAACAAAUCGAGUUCGUCCAUUGGAACAAUUCAAUCUCAGGAUCUAGGCGCCAACGUCACCAUUUCUGACAUGGUCGAAGAUGCCUUGGAGCUCAUCAGCCAAGACGGAGACUACAUGGAGCGUAUGGGUAUGGACGUCAGAAUGCAGUGUGUUCUGUGCAACUGGGCUGGACCCAAAAUCAUACUCGAAUACCACAUAAGAAAGGAGCAUUCCAAUGACAUCGACAAGCAAGAGAAGCGGGAGUGGAACAUCACGUACUCGCUGGGCAGCGUGCACCAGCAGCUGUGGAAGUCUCGGGUCAUAGAGCACGAGUCCGCGCUGUACGUGCUCAGCGUCAAGUACGAGCCGCCGGGGUGCUUCCUGGCCACGUUGGCGGCAGCUCGCAUGGAAUACGACGCCAUACAGCGCACGCGCCGUGACAUGGAGUGUCACCAGUACUCCAUGUAUCAGAUAGAACAGAAUAAAAUCAAACAGCAACAGGAGAAGGAGAGGCUCAAGCAGGAGACCCUGUACUUUAGGGGGCUGUGGGACAAGGCUAUUAAGGACGAAGAGGAAGCGGAACGCCGUCGUGCAGAAGCUCGUCAUAAGACUGGCCACGAUCGAGCACUAGCCAUCGAAGAGCGAAAACAAAACUUGGAGAAACAAGCCCAAGAACACCAAGUCAUAGAAGACGCCUGGGCGUCCCUGGGCGAACAGGGAUUGGCGCAAAUCAAGGCUGAAGAGGAACUUAGGAGACGCAAGGAGCGUGAAUUAGACGAAUGCAACCGCAAGAUGAUCGAGUUACGUGACAACAUGCGCGCCUCCGAGUCAGCCAACGACGACUUUAUACGCGAGGAGGCGGCGCGGUACCAGAAGGUGGUCGACGAGAAGCGCUGCCAGUACCUCAGCUGGUCGCAGAAGACUAACAGAGACGUCCGCAAAGCCAUGAUAGACCAGAUCCACGACCGUAAGCAAGCACGAGAGGAGCUGCAAAAGAAACUCCAGGAACAAGACGAGUACCACCGCCAGCUGUUCAACCAGCUGUCACAACUUGCAGCACACAAGGACCUUACAGAUGCUCAGCAGAGGAAAAAGCAUCAAGAAAAUCUGUUGAAGCAGAUCGAGUAUAAUAAACUUCUCAAGGAGCGAGCAAUACAAGAGGAGCAAGAACAGAGAAAGAAAUGCCAGCGUGCGACCGAGGAGUACAACGAGGAGAUCAGCCGCAUGCUGUGCAGGCCGUUCUACAGCGAUAUGCAGCACCCAUUCCUAAGACAGAUGGCGGGCGGCCUGAAGAUGCGAGAGAAGUGUCCCUGCUCCAAACCGGACUAUUGCGCCGUUCCGGAGAAAAAGCCCAACUAAGCAAGAGUCCUGUCAUCGUGUCGUGUACGUGACUGAAUGUCACGGCCAACGACCAGUAUAAAGGCUAGAACACACCGUCUCUCAUAAGGAUCUGUAUUGUACAACGCGUACGUGCACAUGCAAGUCUAUGUCGUACACGCAUCCGGUGUGCACAGGCCUUAAGUGAAAAACUGAGCUAAAGCUUCUUUUGUAUGUAUUACCUACAUAAUUAAAUGUUGGGAUUCGGAUGGCGUUCCAUAUUUGUUUUGAGUUCCUUACUUGUUAAGAUGGGUUAUGGCGUUCGAUAUUUGAAAUUUGUAAUGAAAUGUGUGAAAUUGUGUAGACGAACCCCCUUAUUCAUAAAACUACGAGUACGAGCCUCAGUUAGUUAAUUUAUGUUUUAUCCCUUUCUUAUAAAAACAUAGACAAUUAUUAACAAUUAGCUAACUGAGGCUUGUAACGCGUCUAUGAAUAAAGUUAUAAUUAUUUACUUUAAUAAGAUUUGAUUAAUCUUGUCCCCUUAUAAUUUGUGACCGCGGCCGGCUAACCGUCCCACUUUGUCGCUUGCCAUAUGGACGAAGAUUUGCUUGUAUUUUUCUUUAUACGAAUAACCUGUCAUGGCGUCCUUUUGGCAAGCGACAAAGUGGGACGUUUUGCCGGCCGCGGUCAGAUUUAUUAAUCUAAUCGAAUGAACAGUAUUUAUUUGAUAUUUAGCAGACCUAGUCUUAUAUUUUUUGUGAUCGGAAUAUUGAUAUUAUUUUAGGAACAGAAGUUUAAACGUACAACUUUUUAUAAAUUGUAUACAAAUAUUCGUACUUACAUGCAAAACGAGCUUUCGCUAAGUUUUUAACUGUCAUUGUCUUAGAUAUGUUUAUUUUUGUAACCAUUUUAUUAGUAACAAACAUUAUAAUUUCUGCUUUUAUAAAAUCACCUUAGUGUAAAUAGGUAAAAAAUUACAAAUUAAAUGCUCAUUGGGAAAUCAUUAA